UCUUUACCUCCAUCACCUCUGACAGCUAUACAGCGCAUUACGAGAACGUCCAUUAUUUCGAAAGGUUGUUUAUAUUUUUGAUAUUUUUCAUUUUAGCAAAAUUAAUCAUAAUUUAACUAGCAACAGAAAUGACUACUGUUACACCGUCGUACAGUAAAUACAAAAUAUCUCGAAGAGGCCGAAAGCUCCAAGUUUCAGAUGAUGCAAGAACCUUGGUCGCUUUACCAAAGGACAUUCCUGAACGAACUUGGGCAGAAAUUCUUCAAAAAGAGGAAAAUGACCUGAUAAUAUUUGACAUCCGAGAGGAAAUCCUCGACACCGCCUUGAAAAUUGGCUACGAGAAUUAUAUGGAGAAACAGACAGCCAUAUUCACCGUGCACUGCGCUACCGAAGCGUGGCUAAAGCUGAUAGAUUGGCAUUUCUAUCGACACGAUCCUGGUGAGGAUUCGAGUGCGUAUCCUCCUUGUUACAUUCCCCACCGCGAGGACUCGUGGAUCCCCGACAAGCUUCCGGACCCGUCUCCGAAAGACACUUGGGGUCGGCAGGAACUGAACAUUAUAGAAGAUACACCUGAUGCUCCUUUGCGGAAGUGGCCCAGUUCGUCCUCAUUGGAUCUUCCAGUCAUAGAAGAAAUACCAGAGCAGUACUGGUUUCCUGGCAAGGUCCAAGUAAGUGACUCCGUGAGGGGAAUUAAACCGGACGGAAAGAGAGAAAGGCGUUCCAGGGGUGACAGCUACGUAUCGAGCUCUGACACCCAGGCCACGUCCGAGGAGUACCUCAACACUGAGAGCGAAGUGCUGCAGAAGGUCACUGACUACAGCACGGAGGGAAUCUCCGAAAAGGACUCUUCGUACGGCGAGUUGAAGACUACGACUCCGGUGGAUGGGUCCUUGCACGGCGCUGGAGACUCCACGGUGGAGCGCCCCAAGAGACGACUUACUGAGAAGAGCAAGAGCUUCAUGAAACCUGGCAGCAGGUCGAAAGCCACGCUGCCGCCGCUAGAGAUCGGCGACUCGCGCUCUCGAAUCAGUAUUAUAUCAGACUGUCGCUUGAGAAACCUCAGAUUAGAAACGCAAUUUGAAGUAACGUCAGAGAAGGUGGACACCCCACCAGGCGAGGUGGUCAGAAAGAAGUAAAUAGCCCGGGAUCCAUAAAGGAUGGAGUGUGUUUGUGUAGCAUACGUUGUAGUUAGCUAUAAGUUGUUUCGAGUAUAACGUAGAGUUAGUGGUUAAAUUUAUGUACUCGUUUAUUUAUUAUUUAAUAAAUUUUGAUUGUUAGUUUAGUCAA